UUGCGCUACAAUAAUAUUAUUAGUAAUAAUGCAGCCUAAAACUAAACUAAGGGUCUGUUUGUUUGGAAAUAAAAUAAUUUCCGAAAAAGCUUUUCAACCUUUUUUAGUGAUUGUUUGGCUAAAAAUAUUUUCCUCAAGUAAAAUCAAUUACAAAAUAUAAAAAAACAAGCCCUUAAUUUUCGAAAAUGUCUUAUGGAUUUCAUUUCUGUAAGACAUUUUUCGGUUCCUCCUUCAUCCAGGUGAGGCUCAUUCCCCUUCUUCCGUUCUUCAUCUUCCCUUCCAGCAACCAGUUUGUAUAAGUAGUUCAAGUAGGCCACGUUUAAGUUCGAACUAGCGACUUCCCAGAGUUUUACUGUGAGUAAGAGGCGCGUCCAUUUCUUCAAACAGAAUGGGUAAGGGUAACAAAGAAGGGACCUCCAAGCAAUUCAGGUGGACAAAACUGAUGGAACAUCUUUUUUUUGAAAUUCUAGCUAAGGAGGCCCAGAAACCUUUUAAUACUUUCAAAGCAGUUUCUAUUAAUCGAGUUGCCGAAGCUAUUUCUGAAAGAUUUCAAGUCCAAUGUGAUGUGAAGCAUGUGGAAAAUCAUUUGAGGAUUGUAAAAAACCAGUGGCAGAUUAUAUGCACAAUCCGGGGUGAAAGUGGUUUUGGAUGGGAUAAUAACAUGAAAAUGAUCACAUGUGAUAGAGCGACAUAUGAUGCAGCAGUGAAGGUGGCACACAAGAAGUAUGAACCAUUUUUGAAUAAAAUCAUUGAUCAUUACGAUGAAAUGACUUUGGUUGUUGGCAAAGAUAUGGCAACAGGGAGUUUUGCUAGAACAUUUGUUGAUAUAGAUUUGGAUGAUAGCAACCAAGAUUUAGUGCCUAUAGACUGCAACAAUGAAGAGACUGAAGAGGUAAGAACAAAAGUAUCUUCAUCUGGCACAUCCAAAUGUACAAGAAAAAAUGCUCAAGCAAGUGCCGUUGAUGAACAAAUUAAAUUUGUGGGUGAACAACUUGGCAAAAUUGCUAAUGCUUUGGAACAAUUUACUGCGGGUAAGACACCACAUCUUUACGAAGAAGUGAUGUCGAUGGAGGUAGAAGGAUUUGAUGAUAACUUCAUCUGUUCUGUGUUUGAUUAUCUAGUGAGUCAUGAAUCCGAGGCCAAAGUUUUUUUAGUUAAAAGUAAGAAGCAUAGAAAAAUUUGGCUUCAAAAAAUUUCUCAAUGUUGAAAAUAUUGAUACUUUUAAUGUGGUGUAAAUUAGUUAUGCACUUGGACAAUGUUGUUGUUAUUAUGUGGUGUACUACUAAUUAUGUAUUUGGAUAAUAUUAUUAAUUUUUAGUAUAAAUUAUAGUUUGGAAGCUAA